AUGGUUUCCUCCGUCAGCGAGAAGGACGCGCUGCUGGCGAGACGCGCCCUACCGACGAGCUCCGGCAAGUACGUUCUUGUCAUUCAUGGCGGCGCGGGGACUAUGGACAAGCGCAAGUCUACCCCUGACCAAAGAGCAAAAUAUAAGGCUGCUCUGAGUGCCGCCCUUGAGGCAGGGUAUGAGGUCCUCGCAAACGGAGGAGAAGCCAUGGAUGCGGUUGUUGCUGCUGUAUCCUCCAUGGAAGAUUGUCCGCUCUUCAAUGCUGGCAGGGGUGCCGUCUUCAAUACAGAUGGGAAGAACGAGCUUGAGGCAUCUCUUAUGCUUUCCAAGCCCCCGUCGACUCAUCCAGAGGUGCCUCCUACUAGGAGAGGUUUCGGUCUGACACUUCUUACUCGUGCUCGGAACCCAUCGAAGCUGGUUAGGAGUAUCUACCUGUCCCCCGCGCAAGCACCGCACACCUUCAUGUCUGGAGCGAACGCGGAGAACAUUGGGGAGAGCUUAGGAGAAAUAUUAGUUGAUCCGUCCUACUUCUUCACUGAACAAAGGUGGAGAGAGCAUAGACGAGGACUUGGGCUGCCUGAGGAACCCCUGCCUUACCCAGGACAUCAUGAGCCGAAAGAAUUACCUCUGGAUCAACUCCCUCAAGGCACAAUUGGUGCUGUAGCAUUAGAUGUCAGGGGAUGUAUCGCUGCGUGUACCUCUACGGGCGGCAAGACAAACAAACUCGUUGGAAGGAUUGGCGACACGCCCCAUAUGGGUGCGGGAUUCUGGGCAGAAGAGUGGAAAACGACAAGCUGGAUCAGGAAGACUUGGGACAGAGUCCGGAGGAAAGACACCACAAAGGGUUUGGGUAUCUCUGGGACAGGGGAUGGAGAUUACUUCAUCAGGCUUGCUACGGCUUCGACCAUUGCUCGCCGGAUGAAGUUGUUGAAUGAGCCGUUGGCCAAAGCGGCCAAGGUUGCAGUAGAGGACCUACGUACCGAUGGUGGUGUGGGCGGUGUUAUUGCCCUUGACCGUGAGGGCAAUGUCGCUAUGCCCAUGAAUUGUUCGGGCAUGUACCGGGGCGUUGUCAGGGAAGAUGGCAUAACCAAGACCGCCAUCUUCGAAGAUGAGGAGCUCUCUUAAUUCACACUGAUGUCCUGCCUAUGCCUGUUCAAUAGUAUGAGACAAGAGUGCCCUCCAGGUUCUGACCUCGAGCUCCUCUACAUAUCUGCUUUAGGUAGAGUUCAAUCUGGUGCACUCUUCCUUCACUUUCUCAUAGUCCCUUAACAAUCUCUCCUCUCCUUUUGGGACUCUCCAGAACUUGACCCUGCUGGGC